AUGUCGCCCGUUCCACACGACUUGCCAAAGCCAUUCAAUAUUACUGAAGAAGAAUGCAAAACCCUCAAGAUUCCUUUACCUUUCAACACACUCUCUGCAGAUGAAUGGACGGACAUGGAUGAGUUGUGGAAGAUGACCAGUUUUCGUAUCAAGGAUGCCAAGACGGUCAAAGGCAUAUUUGUUCAAUCCAUUAAUGUUGUGGUAUUGGAAGCCAUACUUACUCCAAUCAUUGUUGCCUUCGUUCCAGGUUCCGCCCUUCAACUUUCAACUAGAUUUCUUCGCUGUUUUUUCCUCCCAAGAUAA